UUAAAAUAUGAGGGUUGCCCUCAACAUCGAAUCGAUGAAAUUCAGAUAACUAUCAAACUACAUCACAACGCUCCCGGAAGAGUCAAUCAAGUCUUAUUUCAAAAACCUUAUCACGCUUCAGCGCUUUGAGAGAAUACAAUGAGCGAAGUGUGCCCAUCCGGAGAAACAAACCAGACUCGCGCAGCAUGCUUCUUCAUUCCGCCGUACAUCCAUGAGAGGAUUGUGGCUUCCGAUCUCGAUGAAAAGACAAAACUAGCCUCCAAGAAGGCAUUGGAGGUCGCAGGCAAUAUUCAUGACGGAAGAUACCAGCGCGCUGGAGUUGUUGUAAAGGUUAACGGUGCCCGCAAUCGCUGGGUUUACGAUUGCGAGCAGAAGGCGGAGCUCCCUGGCAAGCCAGUCCGAAAGGAAGGUGACGCUGCUAUUAAGGACCGCCAAGUCAACAACUGUUACGACGCGCUGGGUACGACUUACGACUUCUACAAGUCUGUAUUCAACCGCAACUCUCUCGACAAUGAGGGACUUCCACUAAAGGGUUGUGUUCAUUUUAAACCGUUUGAAGAAACAGUUGGGUAUGAUAAUGCUUUCUGGGAUGGGACGUACAUGGUCUUCGGAGACGGCGAUGGCAUCGCUUUCGACUACUUUACUGACUCUCUCGAUGUUUGCGCCCACGAGCUGACCCACGGCUUCGUCGAGCACUCUUCUCCUCUCAUUUAUUACGGGCAAUCCGGAGCUCUUAAUGAGAGCGUGGCUGAUGUGUUUGCAUGCAUGGUUGAGCAAUGGUAUAAGAAGCAGACAGUGGAGGAGGCGAACUGGAUCAUCGGAGAGACCAUUUUCACCGUAGCCUUUAAAGGAGAUGGAUUGCGUAAGUUGAACGCCAACAAGGCUUUCAUGAACGACGAAAACCUCGGGACAGACCCUCAGCCGAAGAACAUGAAGAACUUCUACAAGGGUAAGGGGGAUCAUGGCGGAGUACACAUCAACUCUGGCAUCCCUAACCACGCCUUCUACCUCGCUGCACGAGCUGUGGGUGGGUACUCCUGGGAGAAGAUUGGAAAAGUAUGGUAUCAGACCAUGAUAUCCGGAAAGAUCCCGCAGGAUUGCACCUUCGAGACCUUUGCGGAAUCUACCGUGGAGAUUGCAACAAAAGUAUUCCCAAGCGAUACCAGCAUUUCUGCCGCUGUGAAGAAGGCCUGGGAGGAUGUUGGCGUUCUCACUUAAACAUUCCGUUUGGGCUAUACUGCCGUGCUGUUUCACAAUUUAGUAGUAUUUCGGUCAUUACUUAAGAGUUCUCUUUGAG